UGGGGGGGGUAGUGUGGUUAGAGUGACCCAGCCCGGGGCAGCAGUCAGCUAGGGGUAGGGUCACAAGAGAGGUCACAGAGGCCUCUCCACACUAGUAGCCCACUCACCACCUGGACCCUGCUAGCCGGGGGGCCCAUGGUCCCCAUCCUGCUGCCUGCUCAGCCUGGCAGCUUUCCUUUGCAGCCUGCUGCCAGCGCAGCCACCCCCUGCCCCCACGGGGGCCCGUGCCAGAGCAGCAUUCCGCAAGCCUGGCUGCAUCUCCCCAGCAGAGGCUGAGCAGAGAGGCCACUCGGCAGUCGCUAGGUCACACGGCUGCGGGCAGUGGGGCCUGGGCCUCUGGCCCCCACCCCUCUGGUACCUCCAUCUCCUGGUCUCUGGCCAUUGUUCUUAAAGGCUUUGCUCAGAGCAGCGGCGGUUCGGGUUUUAAAUCUGCUCUGGAAAUCUCCGUGCAGCCAGAGGCUGCAAGUUGCUGGUUGAGAAGACGACCGACUCUCCAGCGGCCGAGUUCUCGCUGGUGGAGGACGUGGCACUGCACUUUGCCUGCUUGAUGGGCCGCCUGAACGAACAGCGCCUCUUCCAGCCCGACCUCUGCGACGUGGACCUGGUGUUGGUGCCACAGCGCAGUGUCUUCCCGGCACACAAGGGCGUGCUGGCCGCUUAUAGCCAGUUCUUCCACUCACUCUUCACCCAGAACAAGCAGCUGCAGCGCGUGGAGCUGUCCCUGGAGGCACUGGCGCCCAGCGGCCUGCAGCAAAUCCUCAAUUUCAUCUACACAUCCAAGCUGUUGGUCAACGCAGCCAACGUCCACGAGGUGCUCAGUGCUGCCUCGCUGCUGCAGAUGGCUGACAUCGCCGCGUCCUGCCAGGAGCUGCUGGAUGCCCGCUCCCUCGGUCCCCCAGGCCCAGGCCCUGUGGCCCUGGCUCAGCCAGCUACCAGCUGCACCCCAGCCACACCACCCUACUACUGUGACAUCAAGCAGGAGGCCGAUGCCCCGGGCCUGCCCAAGAUCUAUGCCCGAGAGGGUCCUGAUCCCUACUCAGUGCGCGUGGAGGAUGGGGCAGGGACGGCUGGUGACACAGUGCCUGCCACCACUGGGCCAGCACAGCCUCUCUUCAAGGAGGAGAAGGAGGGAGGGGUGGAGGCGGCUGGGGGUCCUCCAGGCAGCCUGUGCAAGCUGGAGGGCGGGGAGGAACUGGAGGAAGAGCUCGGGGCUCCAGGUACCUACAGUCGCCAGGAGCAAUCGCAGAUCAUCGUGGAAGUGAACCUCAACAACCAGACACUGCAUGUGUCCACGGGGCCCGAGGGGAAGCCAGGGGUUGCAGCGAGUCCAGCCACCAUGGUGCUGGGCCAAGAGGAUGGGCUACAGCAACACUCGGAGGAGGAGGAUGAGGAGGACGAGGAGGAGGAAGAGGAGGAAGAAGGUGGAGGUAGUGGAGGAGGGGAAGAGGAGGAGGAAGACGAGGAGGGUGGCAGUCGGGGAGAAGAGGAAGAUGAGGAGGAGGAAGAACACAGCGAGCAGGAGGAGGAAGAAGAGGAGGAGGACGAGGGGCACAGUGAGCAGGACCCAGAGAGCUCAGACGAGGAGGGGGAGGUUGCAGGCAGGCAGGGUGGGGGGCGCCAGGGCACCCGGGCAGACCCCGCACCCCACAGUCGGAUGGCCACGCGGUCCCGGGAAAAUGCACGGCGCCAGGGCACCCCUGAGCCAGAGGAGGCCGGGCGGCGGGGUGGGAAGCGGCCGAAGCCUCCUGGAGGGGCCCCUGCACCAGCUCGUGGGCCACCAGCUCCUGAUGGGCUGGGAGCCAAGGUGAAGCUGGAGGAGAAGCAGCACCACCCAUGCCAGAAGUGCCCUCGAGUCUUCAACAACCGCUGGUACCUGGAGAAGCACAUGAAUGUGACCCACAGCCGCAUGCAGAUCUGCGACCAGUGCGGCAAGCGCUUCCUGCUGGAGAGUGAGCUGCUGCUGCACCGGCAGACAGACUGUGAGCGCAACAUCCAGUGUGUAACAUGUGGCAAAGCUUUCAAGAAGCUCUGGUCCCUUCACGAGCACAACAAGAUCGUGCAUGGCUACGCAGAGAAGAAGUUCUCAUGCGAGAUCUGUGAGAAGAAAUUCUACACCAUGGCCCAUGUACGCAAGCAUAUGGUUGCGCACACCAAGGACAUGCCCUUCACCUGUGAGACCUGCGGGAAGUCCUUCAAGCGCAGCAUGUCCCUCAAGGUGCACUCCCUGCAGCACUCCGGGGAGAAGCCCUUCCGAUGUGAGAACUGCAACGAGCGCUUUCAGUACAAGUACCAGCUGCGGUCGCACAUGAGUAUCCACAUCGGCCACAAGCAGUUCAUGUGCCAGUGGUGCGGCAAAGACUUCAACAUGAAGCAGUACUUCGAUGAGCACAUGAAGACCCACACAGGGGAGAAGCCGUACAUCUGCGAGAUCUGCGGCAAGAGCUUCACCAGCCGGCCCAACAUGAAGCGGCACCGGCGCACGCACACGGGUGAGAAGCCAUACCCGUGCGACGUGUGCGGCCAGCGCUUCCGCUUCUCCAACAUGCUCAAGGCGCACAAGGAGAAGUGCUUCCGCGUCAGCCACCCUCUGCCCGCCGACGGCCCCCCGUGCGCCGCGAGCCUAGCCACACCACCCCUGCUCCCCGGGCUGCCCCCGCCCCUGCCACCGCCGUCGCACCUGCCACCACCACCCCCGCUCUUCUCCACCACUGCCAACAGCAGUGGGAGGAUGAGCGCCAACUGACCCAGUCGCUCCUGCGGACACCUGAGCCCGGCCCGCGCCAGGGGGACUCUACUGGCCCCCACUUCCUGGGAAGGGUGGUGGUACUGCCCCACCUCUGCAGGGGUGGCUGGAUGAGGCCCCGCCUCCCCCCCCCCCUUUCUGCACCUCCUUGAAGCCUUUACUCUCCCCACUCCCCGGAAGUAAAGGAAAAGUGAGGAAGCCAUUUGCAGUACCCCCUCCAGGUGAGGUGGUGCUGGAGGCCACAGGUCCUUGGGAGGAAGGGGCCUGGGCAGCGGGCAUGGCUGAUCACUCUGAGGCCUGAGCCAGGCUGGGCCUGGGUCAGCCUCAGCGGCUCAUUCCAGCUCCUCUAUUCCCCUAACUUGCUCUCUCUUGAAGGGUUGUGGGAGAAGUUGGGGUGCUGGCUCCCCUUGGAGGAAUUGUGGACCCACUUGAGGGCAGUGAACACUUGAGGCAGAGCUUGAGAGCGGACACAAAGCACAUUGGGUGGGGAGUGGCCAGGUACAAAGACUGCAGAGCCCUGCUCUACGCCAUGUGGAGCUGUGGAGCUGGGCGGGAGGGGCUGGCCCCCAAAGGUUUGCUUUUUCCAGUUACAUCCCUGCCGGGCAGGCCCAAGAAUCCCCAGGCUGCACCUGGGCCUCAGCGUGCUGUGGGCCAGGCCCUGGGUUGGCAGACAGGCUGAGUCCACAGCAUCAGCUACAGGGUACUGCAGUCAAGGAGGCCCUGCCAGUGGGUGAGCCCCCAGGGCCUGUGUCCCCAGGAGGAGCUUGGAGAGUGUAUUAGGGUUUCAAGGUGCUAUCAGUGGGGCAGGAGGCAGGGCUGCUGUUCACAGAGCACCCAUCCCUGGCCAGCUACCCUUGGCUGCAUCUCCCUCACCAGGAGAUGCAUGUGUCUGUGUAUGUCUGCUCCCCAAAGGCCAUAGCCUCCCCUUGGCUGGCACCUUGUCCCUCCUGGGCCCCUGCACCCAUGGGUAGGGUGCCCACGCCCUAGUGGUGAGAAGAGCCUGCAUGCUCAGGCCCUGCUGGCAGGAAGCUCAGCCAGGGCCCAGUGCUUGCACUAAUAGAAGGCAGGCACUAAUAGGACACCCGUUUUUGUUGUCAUUUAACGUCUUUAUUCCUGCCUUUAAAGUGGGGAGGAGGAUCCAUAAGCUACAUGUCUCUUAGUUAAGCUCUCUCCUAUUGUGUUUAUACGGUCGUUUGUUAUACGCUGCACCUUACCCCCUCCCUGCCCCCAACACACCACCACCUUCCCAGCAUGGCUGGUGUGGCAAGAGGCCUGUGCCCAAGAGGACUAAGGAAGUGAUGAACCCCGUUGACUUCCUUGGAGACCCACGGCGUUGGGGCAGAGGGCUGGGGACAUUUUAAUCAUCAAUAAACGAAGCACUUUAUUCUGUACAGAUGUGGGCAGGCCCAAGGUACCGGAGUGAUUUGAGGAUUUGUCAUCCAAGCCACACCAUGCUGAUGGUUUUGUGGGCUUGGAGGGCAGCUUCCCCAUGCUGGGGCCCUUCCCUGGCCUCCCUGAGGCUAAGAUUGCAGCUGAAGUACACCAGCCAGAGUCAACAGAAGCACCCUCAGCACCUCCUGUCUGCUGGGGUGGGGGAAGGGAGGCCCCCUCCCUGAGAAAGGAAGGCUCUCUGUUUGGCUCUGGGCUCUAUGGUGCCCCCAUCCCAAGGCUGGGCAUCCAGCUUCUUGCAGGGACCCCGGAUUUCUAUAGCUCUUUCCCUCCCCUGGACCCCUUGAUCUCUGGGCUUCCGUGAUGUCCUCAGGGUCUCCUUCCCUCCCCGUUGCUAUUUCUAACCUCUGGCCCCAGUGCCUGGCAGCUCUCUAGAGCUCACAUUUUACUUAAAAAACAAAACAAAAAGUCUAUCUCUCAAUUGGACUGUAGACAAGGAACCCCAUGGGUUCUCCAACCCAUCACUGGUACCAGGGCCUCCCGUAGCAGCUAGAAGCCUUAUCACCUGCUGGCCCCUUGUAGCCUGAGUGGCCUGGGAUCCCUGAUCAGGCUGGGACCUGGACUGUCAGGCCAUACUUCAACAAGCAGAGGUCAAAAACGAGUGUGGAGCCCUGUUCCAGGAGUUGGGCUUCCUGGUCUACACAUCUACUCUAGGGGCAGGCAGGGGGGUCCAGAUAGCUGGAUGGGCACUGGUUAGGAAGGUCAUUGCAACUGUAGAUGGGUGUGGCCCUGUCCCAGGAGGCCCCUGUGUCCCUGGUGCUAAGCAGAGCUCCUUUGGGGCCAGAUGCAAUAAUAGAACCUCGGCAGUGCUGGUAUGGACAGGGCGUCUUGUUUUGCCAGCCUUUGCACGUCCUUUUUAUCUUUAAAACAAAUUAGCAAGCACCUGGAUAUUGGAAUGAGGGGACUGGGGCACCAUAGUCACUUCCCAGGGCUCAGCAGAGGGGGCUUGGGAUCAUCCCAGCCAGUGGAGACCACCUGGGGUCCCCCUGCCCAGCUGGACUCUGCAGCUCUGAAGCCUGGACCUGCCCCUCCCCAGCCCCCUGGAUGCUCUGGUCUUGGGCCAGCUGAGUGGAGUGGUCAGAGAGAUGAGGUCCACCUAAGCCCCAAGACCACAGCUCGGGGAGCCAGAGUUGGGGUCAGCCUGAGCCUCUGGCCCUGAUUCAUGCUGUCACAGUCUCCACAGUGCCCUUCAGGGCUGUGUGGUGGCAGAAAGGCCGGGCCCAGGUGUGUGACCCUUGAUGUCAUGAGUGGCACCCCACAGCCACAGGGUUUGUGGGGAACAGCAGGCGUGCAAGUGAGAAGAAUGAAGGGAAAUAAAGUCAGUCCAACUCCUGUCAUGGCCUGGCCUCCUCUUUACAUCUUUGUACCAACAGCUCAGCACACAGGUUCCAUGGACCUCCGUGCCCCGGAGCAUCCAGGGACCCCAUCUCCCUUAAGAGUGGACUGGGCUUGAGGGAACACCCAGAGCUGGGAGCCAAGGCAAGAGCAGAGGUGGGUCCCUGACUAUGGCUGGGUCUUAGGCCAGACACAGAGAGGCCUGAAAGACAGAGGUCCUGGGGCUGCUGAGGUCAUAACCCCCAAGGCCGUGUCCACAGAAGCAAGGGCCUCUGCAAGUGUGGCAUGAAGCCAUAGGAGCCCUGGGACAGCAAGGACUAGCCUCUCCCGUUCAUGUGCUCAGCCCUGGGGAUGCUCUCAUGAGUAAUAGGGACUCAGCCCUCCCUCUGUCCCCUUCAGUCCCUGGGGGCCUCUGAAAAUUACUCACUGCACAGGUAAUGUAUGCAGCAUACAUGCUAUGCUGCUGGAUGGAAUGCAAGGC